GCCAAAUUCUUGCCACACUAUGGAGACCCCUGAAGGCAGCACUAACCAAACAACCUACUCCUUGGGAAAUCCCAAAAGGAACAUGACUUAUUCCCCAUACUACUCGCACUCACCACCUGUUGCCGCCAUCUACAUUGUCGCUUACCUGUUCAUCUUUGCCUUGUGCAUGGCUGGGAACAGCCUGGUUUGUUUCAUUGUACUGAAAAAUAGCCGGAUGAGGACAGUCACCAACCUCUUCAUUCUCAACCUGGCCAUCAGUGAUCUGCUGGUGGGCAUCUUCUGUAUUCCUACCACACUAGUUGACAAUUUGAUCACAGGAUGGCCUUUCAGCAACAGCAUCUGCAAGAUGAGCGGACUGGUGCAGGGCAUGUCUGUUUCGUCAUCUGUCUUCACUCUGGUGGCAAUCGCUGUGGAAAGGUUCCGCUGCAUUGUCUACCCAUUUAAAUCCAAGCUCAGCCUCUUCCAGGCGCUCAAUACCAUUGCCAUCAUCUGGGUACUGGCCAUUACCAUCAUGUGUCCCUCUGCUAUCAAGCUCACAGUGGCUCAGCAGGAGGACAGCUACAUGGUAUACAAUGGCAAUCAGAGCAUGACCUACCCCUUGUAUUCAUGCUACGAGGCUUGGCCCAAUAGUGAAAUGCGCAAAGUCUACACCACUGUGCUUUUUGCCCACAUCUAUGUUGUCCCGCUGACCCUCAUCACAUUCAUGUAUGGCCGAAUUGGCCUCAAGCUGUACAGGUCCUCAGGCCCAGUGAGUCAGCACCAGGUAGUUCACGAAGGUCAGUGCAACAUGGCGGUUUCUAGAAGGAAGGUGAAGGUCAUCAAAAUGCUUGUGCUCGUGGCUCUGCUCUUCAUGCUCUCCUGGUUACCCUUGUGGACACUGAUGCUGCUCACGGACUAUGCCAAGCUGGAUGAGCAGCACAUAAAUCUCCUUGCGAGUUACGUUUUCCCCUUUGCGCACUGGCUGGCAUUCUCCAACAGUAGUGUCAACCCCAUCAUCUAUGGCUACUUCAAUGAGAACUUCAAGAAGGGCUUCCAGGCAGCCUUCAAACUCCAAACCUGCUCUGAUGAAAUGGUCCAUCAAGGGGUCUAUGCCGAGCGGACAACCGUCAGCACCAGUGGCUUUGGUACCCGGAAUAAAAUCUUCACUGAUGGGGAGUCCUCCGAUUCAAUGUGCUUGAAGAACCUGCCCCCUCAAGCUCCUUGUGGCCCACAGGCUGGACAUGGCCAGGGACAAGGACCAGGAAUACUGCUGCAAGAUGUCAACGACAUCACACCCCUGAGCAAAGUUUGCAAAGCUUGGGAUGCCUGAGGAGGGUUGAAUCAGCAGAGAUUUUUCUGGGAUCAUUUCCGUUCCUGCAUUUGCCUCACAUGAAUGGAUGGGAAUAUUUGGGUGGCCACUCAUUCAUAAUUUCUGUGAACUGAGCAUGCUGUGUGAGUUCUUUCUGCAAUUAUUAGAAAGACACAUAUGGAGGGAGUUUGUCUUCCCUUGCCUGCCCCCAAAUCCUGUAUUGGAAGCCCAAACAAAUAUGGAUUUAAAAAGAGAACAGAAUUUUUCAUUUAUUAUUUCCCCUAUUCAGCCUGUUGCUUUAUUUUUCUUUCUACGUACAUACCCUUAAAGCAUAUUCAAAGCACAUUCUUUCUCUCAAAGAAUUCCAGGCAUUGUAGUUUUGAAGGGUUGCUGGGAAUUGUCAAUUCUGUGAGGGGUAAACAACAGUGCCCAGAACUCUUUGAGGGAAAGAAAGUGCUUUGAAAGUGCUUUAAAGGUACAAUAUGUACGCAGCCUUCUAGCUUCAAGUCUGGCAUUCUUUUCUACUUUUCCUGGGUGCAUAUUGGGUGAAAAAGGAGGAUUUGGAUACAGAACAUCCAAGCUCUUCUCAUCUGCCUUGAUAUGCCCUGAUUUGUCAUUUUUUAAACCCCCUAUGGAGCACUGCUGGUGGUACAUCUGCACCGGUGGACUUUUUUGCCAGUGUGUGAUGGGGGCUUCAUUUGGCGUUCAAGUGCCACCCUAGUGGUGUGACAACAUGUUUUAAAGAUCCCAUGACCCACCAGAGGCUGGCUGAUGAGCUGCAG